AUGAGAGUUGGUAAAGGCUGCGAGCGGUGCCGUCAUCGCCACAUUCGUUGUACCAUCCCUCCAGGAGCGCCGGCUUGUGCUCCUUGUACUCGUCUAGGUCGUGCCUGUCACCUUGAUCCACGCUUCCAAUUUAAAGCCGUUCACCAUGUAUAUCAGAAGGAAAAAGGCACUACUGCUCGCUUUGACUUCAACUGGGGUGAAGAUCAGGUCUGGGUAGAUGUUUCUUCGAAGCUAGUGACUUUUGUCCUUGAGGCCGAUGGAUCAAGUGAAGGCGGGGAAUUUGAAUUGAGCAGACACACUUCUUUGACGCCACCUUACUUGCCACAUAUCAACCAGUCUGCUGAGUGUGCAGGUGGUUUUGAAAAUCGCCCAACUAUGCACUCUCCUUUGCAGAUUUCUAGAUCACCGCGAAUCUCGACCAGUGAUAGUCCCUUCUCAUCUCAGUCAGAUAAAAGAUCUACCAUAUCAUACCGAGAAGCAUCCUUAAUGCGAUGCUUCAUUCAGAAGAUUGCGCCUUGGGCAGAUAUAUGUGAUCCUCAGUCUCAUUUUAGUACCAUAGUACCUCAAAGGGCUCUACAGGUUCCUAUGAUUCUGAAGGCACUAAUGGCUCUUGCUGCUCGGCAUGACGCCAUAUUAACUGGAAACAGUGACUUGGAAGCAUCCUCCUACCACGGAGAAUGCCUAGAGCUGCUGAUCCCAGUAUUGGACCAACCAGAGAAUGCAUAUAACGAGAACUUAUUGGUCACAGUUGUUAUUCUGAGGAUAUGUGAAGAAUUGGAAAAUAAUACAGAUGAAAAGUUCCAUUUACUUGGAUCGAAUCGCCUGAUUAACCUGAUGUCUCGCUCUGCAUCCUCUGAUGGGCUCGCAGAAGCCGUGAGCUGGCAAUUCUUACGACAGGCGAUCUAUGCAUCGGUUGUACAGUAUCAGCCUCUACAAUUGAAUCUGGAAAAUUAUCAGUGCUCGACGAUGUUCCAACGCACUGACGAUGCAGCCGUCGCUAAUAUGAUCAUCUUUCAUUGCGCACAAAUUAUUCAACAUUGUCGGGAUGGACCCGGAGCACUAGUCGAUAUAUCUACUUGGCGUCAUAGUGCCAAGUCCAUUGAAGACUGGCACCAGUCCAUGCCUACAACCUGGCAGCCUUUAAGAUAUCAAGCCCCAAAUAUUGCUGUCGAUCGACCCUUUCCUGAAAUAUGGAUGAUGUCAGCUCCAGCUGUUGUUGGCAUGCAGUACUAUCAUGCAGCAUGUAUCUUUCUUUCUCUUUCCGAUCCUCACUCACAACCCAACAAUGAUUAUGAGCUAACUCGAAGUCGGCGAAUGACAGAGAGAACCAUCGCAACGCACCUUGUCAUUGUCAUAGGACUAUCUUGGUCCAAUGAAAGUGUGCAAAAUGCAUAUUUCAUGGCCUGUCAUCUUCUACAUCGCUUUGGAUAUUGCCUCCGACAUACUUCAGAACAACAGGGCGCCCUGCGCUUUCUAGGGAGGGUUGAAAAGGUAUUGGGAUGGCGCACGUCGUGGAUCAAGCAAGAACUUGAGCAACAAUGGACUGAGUUAGCCCAGCUGGAUCUAGUACGUCAUUAG